AGGAGGUGCAGCCAUGUUCUGGAUACCCUGACCCCUCGGAAGCCCAUGGGGAGCCCCGGAUUGGCAGCCCUGCUCCUGCCUCUCGUCCAGCUGCUCCUUGGCCUGUCUGCCUCUGCUGGUAUUGGCUGCCCCUACCUUCCCAGCUGGAGCACCCUCUGUCUGCUGGCCUCCCACAUGGAUGACGGUUUCACAGGUCUUCAGUGGGGCUGGCUCCACCUCCUGGUGCAGAAAUCCAAGAAGUCUUACAAGUUCCGGUUCUGUAGGAGGCACACGAUGCCAGCAUCUGCUCAGAGGAAGCUGCUAAGUAGCCGUUGCCUGUCUGAGAAGGGCCAUCACAUCUCCGUCCCCUCCCCAGACACCUCCCACAAGGGGCUGCGUUCCAAAAGAACCCAACCUGCAGAUCCAGAGAAAGGGGAAGUUCUCUCCAAACGUGGCUCACAAAGCCUUGGAGGGCCUGAGUUCUCCUUUGACUUGCUGCCUGAGGCACGGGUUAUUCAAGUGACCAUUCCUCCAGGCCCUGAGGUCAGUGUGCGUCUUUGCCACCAGUGGGCACUGGAGUGUGAGGAGCUGAGCCGUCCCUUUGAUGCCCAGAAAAUUGUGUCUGGGGGCUGCACUGUAGACCUGCCUUAUGAAUUCCUUCUGCCCUGUCUGUGCAUCGAGGUGUCCUACCUGCAAGAAGACACUGUGAGGCACAAAAAAUGUCCCUUCCAGAGCUGGCCUGAAGCCUAUGGCUCGGACUUCUGGGAGUCGGUGAACUUUACUGACCACAGCCAGCACAGUCAGAUGGUCAUGGCCCUGACACUCCGCUGCCCACUGAAGCUGGACGCCUCCCUCUGCCAGAGGCGGGGCUGGCACAGCCUCUGCGAAGACGUCCCCAAUGCCACGGCUCGAGAGUCAGAGGGGUGGUAUGUCUUGGAGAAGGUGGACUUGCACCCCCAGCUCUGCUUCAAGUUCUCUUUUGGAAACAGCAGCCACGUUGAAUGCCCCCACCAGACAUUCGGCCCAUCCUGGAACGUGAGCAUGGAUACCCAGGCCCAGCAGCUGGUCCUUCACUUCUCCUCAAGGAUGCCCGCCACCUUCAGUGCUGCCUGGAGCCACUCAGGCUUGGGGCAGGACAGCAUGGUGCCCCCUGUGUACAACGUCAGCCAGACUCAGGGCUCAAGCUCAGUGACACUAGACCUCAUCGUUCCCUUCCUGAGGCCAGGAGGCUGUGUCCUGGUGUGGAGGUCAGAUGUCCAGUUUGCCUGGAAGCACCUCCUGUGUCCGGAUGUCUCUCAUAGGCUCCUGGGGCUCUUGAUCCUGGCACUGCUGGCCUUCACCACCCUACUGGGUGUUGUUCUGGUGCUCACCUGCCAGCGCCCACUGUCAGGCCCAGGUCGAGCGCGGCCGGUGCUGCUCCUGCACGUGGCGGACUCCGAGGCGCAGCGACGCCUGGUGGGAGCGCUGGCUGAACUGCUGCGGGCCGCGCUGGGCGGCGGACGCGACGUGAUCGUGGACCUGUGGGAGGGCACGCGGGUGGCGCGCGUGGGCCCGCUGCCGUGGCUCUGGGCGGCACGGGCGCGCGUGGUGCGGGAGCGGGGCACCGUGCUGCUGCUGUGGAGCUGCGCCAGCCCGAGCCCCGCCGGCGGCCCGGAUGCCCGCGCCGCACCCCUGCGCACCCUGCUCCGCGCCGCCCCGCGCCCGCUGCCGCUGCUCGCUUACUUCAGUCGCCUCUGCGCCAAAGGCGACAUUCCUCCGCCCCUGCGCGCCCUGCCCCGCUACCGCCUGCUUCAAGACCUGCCGCGCCUGCUGCGGGCGCUGGACGCGCGGACUUCUACUCAAGCCACCAGCUGGGGCCGCCUCGCGGCCCGGCCGUGCCUGCGGGGUCGUGUGGAGCUGUGCCGCCAGCUGGAACGCGAGGCCGCCAAACUUGCCGAUCAAGGCUGA